AUACAUGAAGCCCAAAGCGACCCAACGAAGCUGUGUCAAUACCUCCGGCCCGAAUUACCCAACCUCCCCAUUUCAGCUUUCCACUCCUCCAUUCCGUUGUUGUUGGAACUUGGAACUUGGAAGAGAAGAAGCUCACCAACUGCGAAAAAUGGCAACUGCCCUGGCUCGAAUCUCCCGGAAGGCCCUAGCGGUUUCUCUCUCUCAGCACCGCCAGCUCAUCGUCCGUGCCGUCGCAACGGAGGCGGCAUCGUUAAAAACGAUCACUCCGUCGCCAGAUCAAGUGAAAUGGGAUUACCGAGGUCAGCGGCAGAUAAUCCCGCUAGGCCAGUGGCUCCCCAAGAUCGCCGUCGACGCCUACGUUGCACCAAACGUCGUCCUCGCCGGUCAGGUUAAGGUUUGCGAUGGAGCAUCUGUGUGGAAUGGCUCGGUACUCCGGGGCGAUCUCAACAAGAUCACUGUCGGAUUCUGCUCCAAUGUUCAGGAGCGGUGUGUCCUUCAUGCCGCCUGGAAUUCUCCAACAGGACUGCCGGCGGAGACAUCAAUUGAUAGAUAUGUAACUGUGGGGGCAUACUGUCUCUUGAGAUCAUGUACAAUUGAGCCAGAAUGCAUCAUUGGGCAGCAUUCUAUCCUCAUGGAAGGCUCUUUGGUGGAGACUCACUCCAUUCUUGAAGCGGGCUCGGUUGUUCCCCCGGGGAGGAGAAUUCCGACCGGGGAACUUUGGGCUGGAAAUCCGGCAAGGUUUGUCCGGACUUUGACUCACGAAGAGACGCUGGAAAUUCCUAAGCUCGCUGUGGCAAUCAACGAUCUAAGCAAUAGCUAUUUCUCAGAGUUUCUGCCCUACUCCACUGUUUACUUAGAGGUCGAGAAGCUGAAGAAGAAGUUGGGAAUCUCUAUCUGAAGAUUGAUUCACUCUGGCUUGUCAUGCUCUCCUUUUUUGUAUCCCAGUUAGCUCGGGGUUGUCUUUGCUUGGAAAUAAAGAGCUCUUGAACGCAACUGGUGGCUCUUGAUUUGUAUUCCUUUUUUUUUUUCGUCCCAAAGAUUGGUAGGUUUGAACUUUUCACCAAUGGAUUGGGAGGACAUCUGAAUAUAUGUGCUAUAUCAUUUAAGAAGUCGCAACUGUAACAAAUCAUUUAGUCCCAGUUAACAGUUGUAGUUAGCUGUCGUUAAAAGUUUUAUCCAAAUUUAUUGCU